AGCUGCUCAAAAGUCCAUAGGAACAAAGAGUAUUACAUCGUAUUGGUUCCCAGAGCUUGAACUCCGGCGCUUGACGCAUACGUUGGCGAAUUGCCGCUGUAGAAGCAUUGACUUCCCCCUGUGUCCGCUCCGCUCUGUUGUGUUACGUCCGCUAGACCUUGACCUUCGACCGCACCGCGACCAUGGCCGCAGCGCAACCACUUUCACCAUCCAGCUCCCCUCGUCUCCCUAGCCCCCCUCCCAUGGCCGAAGAUCAACUAGGUCCAAAGUCACCGACGUCAGGAUUACCUGAAACGCACGGCGGUAUGGGCGAGUUGCAGAACUUCGACAAAGCGGCAUCGCGGCGCGUCCGGCCGGGCACCAAAGCAUCCGAUAUGGCGGAAGGUCCGCCGGUGGUGGAACUGACAGAUAUUGACUCGGCAUUCCAGCUCACCGAGCAUUUGAAGGCCCUCUACUACUCCCUCACGCAUCCUGAAGGCGGCGAUACUACCAUCGCCAUUGAUAAGGCUACCGCCAGGCGAUUAGCAGAGCCGCCGGAGGGUGUCGACCGGUAUAUCUGGCUGUACGAGCUAUGCCGGUUCCUAUGCCAGAAAGUCAACCUGAUCCUCACCGCCCUGUUCGCGGACGAACCCCCCUGCUCAUCUCAAACAUGCCCUGAAAUGCGUGCCUCCGAAUGGCAGUAUCUUUGCGCGGUCCACGAUCCGCCGAAGCCGUGCUGUGCCAUCGACUAUUGCUGCCAUACCCUCGAUUGGGCCGCGAACGUCUUGACCUCCCCGAAGAACUUCCCCAGCCGCCUCGCGCUCGGGACGGAGUCGAACCCGGGGAACCAGCAACGCCAGCUGACGAACGUGUUCCGCCGCGUAUAUCGGAUAUUCGCGCACGCCUGGUUCCAACAUCGGGACAUGUUCUGGAAGGUGGAGGGCAAGACGGGCCUGUACAUCCUGUUCAAGACCGUGUGCGAUCAUUACGGACUGAUUCAGGAGGAGAACUACACCGUUCCUCCGGAAGCGGAGGGGAUGGAGAUGAUCACCCCGGUGGCUUCACGGACCGUCGCGCCGACCUUGUUGCGAAGAGAAUCGACGGAACGUCCGCCUCCUGAACCAUCGACCGAGAAGAACGAAUCGCUUUCGGUGAAUGGGGGCGUCAACACGACGAAGCGCCACCACCGUGCGUCUCCGUCAUCGGGCAACGUCGUUGUGUCCACGAUUGAGGAGACGGAAGAAGAGGAGGAACCCGCUUCAUCCGAAGGUCUCGAGCAACCACAGCCGCAGUCCGCCGCGUCUUCGGUCUCGCUUCUUGAUGCGACCCUUGAAUCAGCGGUCCUGACACCUCCAUCAUCGGAUGAAGAUCCAUUCCAAUCAGAUGGUGUGUCGGAGAAACAGAGUGCAGAGGAAACUUCAAAGCCGGAAGAGAAUCCCGAAGGGAAUCCGGAAGAGAAGCCCGAAGAGAAGCCCGAAGAGAAGCCCGAAGAGAAGUCCGAAGAGAAGCCCGAAGAGAAGCCCGAAGAGAAGCCCGAAGAGAAGCCCGAAGAGAAGCCCGAAGAGAAGCUUGAAGAGCAGCCUGAAGAGCAGCCCGAGUUGACAGUUGAGGAAGAGAAACGGGAGGAGAAGCAGGUGGACGAAGCACAGGAACAGUCCUUCGAGGAAACAGAAGCAAUCGAACAUGGUGAGCUCAUUGUCACCGUUUCUCCGGACCCAGCAGAAUCUUCCGAGCGGACGACCGAGCUAGCGAAGGAAGACAAGCAGGCGGAGAAGAAGGAGGAGGAGAAGGCGGUGAAAGAGCCCUCCGAAGCAAAGGCAGAGGACAAGAAGGACCUAGACAAGGACCCUGAUUCCGAUACAAAGCCCGACGAGAAGCCCGACGCUUCCUAAGAAUUCAUUGUGGCCGGCCUGCCCGGCGUUGAGAUACCCUUUGCUGGUUAUGAAGAAAAGACACCAUGUGCCCAUAGCGCUCUGGUUUGAUUUUAAUCGGUUAUAUUCUGCCUUUGCUAAUUGUUUGUGCGCUGUCCCCGUGCGACGCUCCUCAUAUAUCAUUCGAGCCCCGGGCGACGCUCCUCAGCUUUCGCUCCCCCCUUCCCCCCAGCGCACGAAACCCCUAUAUCCCCGAUAUAGCCGAAAUCCCCCCGAUGCUUUUCCUCAAGCGCUC